AACAGAUGGGGUAACAUAUUACCUAAAAGUGAACAGUUAAUUUGUGAAUUUUUCUUGUGUAGGUUUGUGUGGCUGGAGGACUGUGGUCACACCAUAGAGGCCGAAGGGCUGCUGGGGUGGCUCUCGCAGGAAGGAGGCGAGGUUGGCAUGAAAAUGUGUCCCCGUUGCAUAAAACCUAUAUAUAUUAACCGUCGUUAUUAUGAAUACUUACUGAAGGCAUACAAAGAUGUAGAAGCUGUCAAACGCCUCUACUACAAAAAGAAGAAUCAAGUUCAAAAGGAGGAAAUUUUGAAAGAGAUUCAAGAUAUUGAAAUGGAUUCAGAGUUUACCAUGGAAUUGAAGAUGUUAGAAACAUCUGUUAUUCAAAACUUUAGGCACCUUUGUGAUUCUGAACUAAAUCUCCUUCAAUUCCAAGUUCAGGUCCUAAAAAAAGCAAACUCAGUGCUUAAACAAGAUAAUGAAUAUUCAAGAUAUAUACUGGAAAAAGUCAGAUUUGUUGUGCAUCAAGUCUUCAGGCAGCAACUCCGUAUUUCAUCACAAAGAAUGGAAGAAGUUACUUGUGAACUUCAGCGCCUCUCAGUUUUGCCCGCCUUCUGGAAGCUGACUGAGAAAUAUGCUGGGUGUCGAAAUGUGGCCUUAAUGAAUAUAUACAGAGAAUUAUCAGGGCUGCUGAGUACGACAGUUAAGUUUGACAAAAAAAGAGAAAGUGCAGCAAGAAACCUCUUGAAAGAGAGUCAAAAAUUCGUUGGUGGACUUGGAAUCAGCAAUGAAGAGAGAUUGGAGAUACUCAGUGCUAUGGGGUUCAAGCAAGGCCAUUGGUACAAGUGUCCGAAUGGUCACAUAUAUUGCAUAUCUGAAUGUGGAGGAGCUAUGGUAGAGAGUAAAUGUCCUGAAUGUGAUGCAACCAUUGGCGGUGAAAGGCAUCACCUUAGAGGUGACAAUGCCGUUGCUUCAGAAAUGGAUGGUGCCCUUUACAGUGCAUGGUCAGAACAAAAUAACAUGGCAAAUUAUGAUGUUGCUGACUUUGUCUAGUUUCUAGGAUGAGUUAUAUAAAUUUGUACUUUUAAUAUAAAUGAUUUGCUCUGAGGUAUAUUAUAUUUUAUGAUUUGGUGUUGUUUUCAGAUAAUGUAGCUAAACAGUUGUGAAUGUUCUGUGUGGUAAUGAGACGUGAUAAUGGCUAUGGUAGAUUUAUAAUACAAUACCUGCGUUGUUACUAUGUGUCGGUCUCUCUGUUGUAAUCUUCUUUAAGUGUAUAACAAAUGAAUAGUAUGAAACCUGCACUGUCACUCUAUUUCCUUCUGUUUCAAGCGUAUAUCAGACAACACGUACAAUAUAUAACAGGUAAUUUUUAUUCCAAAGGUUUGACAGAUGUAUGACCUGCACUGCUAAUGGUCAUAACAUAAAAGCUAUUUUAUCCACCACAGCUUGUUUAACAAUAUGGGUCACCCCAUUUUCCUUGAUGCACCGGACUAGUGACAGGUGAUUCAGUGAUUCUGUUUAGUAAGUUUUUUUGGGGCACCGAUUGCAGCCCAAGGGUUAUUAUGUUACUAAAUGAUUAACACAGCAAUCCAAACAACAAACAUGUAUAUCAAGUGUAUGUUGAUUUUUUAUCAUAUAAAAUAUUUACUAUAUGAAAGUUACAAAAGUAAUAUAUGAAGAGAGAAUAUUGUAGGAAAUUUGGCUCUUGUGAAACAACACCAAUUUAUACUAAACCCUGCCCACUCACAUUUGUGUGUUUAUACUCAACCCCACCCAGUCACAUAUAUGUUUAUACUCAACCCCACCCACUUUGCAGGAGGAUAUAUGUGUUUAUACUUUGCUUGAAACAGUGGAGUGAACCAAUGUAUGUCGCUUGAUACCUACAAUUCUACUAAAUUAAUUUACAUACCUAUUUUUAAACCAGAAUUUACAUAAUUCAUAUCAAUAUCUGAAUUGAUUCUAUUACUGUAUGUAAAAUAUUGCACAGAUCCCAUCUGCAGACUCUAUCACCCCAAUAUCCGCCAUUAUAAUUAAUACACUGUCAUCCAACUCUACACCUCAUUGUGAAACAGUGGCAUCUCAAUACCGUGUUACUCUAAGCUUUCCUCGACAUGGACCCGAAAAUAAGCUGACUAACUUCUGAGUACCUACUUACUGCUAGGUGAACAGCAGAAUUAGGUGAAAGGAAAUGUGCCCAAUCAUUUCUGUCUCGCCCGGAACUCGAACCUGGAAUUCUCGAUUGUGUGUCGAAAACCAACCCGACUGAACAAGCGGGACCCUCCUAAGUGGGUUAAGACGCUAUAUAAUUAAUACGCUACGUCUAGGUUAGAGUAAGAACUGAGGCAGCCAGUUCGAGGAAUCAAUGAGGUUGUUUCCACACCAGUAAGGCGUCUUCUGCUUCAAUACCUCACAAAUAUGGCGCACAAAGGGACUCUGUGUCAAACAUGAUGGAAUCUCUUCAGUAGACACUGCACAAUUAGCAUUAGGACGGCAAAUACCGGCUUGUCAGAUAAUUCUCAGCUACUCAGGCAGUUAUAAAAUCAAGUAAUAAUAACUCUUUAGUUAUUAAAGUCAACAAGUCUGAAGAGUAGUGUGCUUCUGGAUUUAGCCAGGAUGUCUAGUAAUGUUGCCAAUGUCUUUGUCAAAGAAGAAUUCCAAGCAAUCAUAGGGGCUUAAAUAUGUAAGGAAAAUUAUAUGUCUUGUUCACGAUGACAUGAGAGUUCUGGUAACAGAUGUCACCUCAGUGGACCGUUGUGGUGAGACUCACUGAACUGUGUUUGUAGUCAAUAGUGAAUGUGUGGAGCAGAAUCCUUAUGACAGUGACGCUACUGCACUAUAGUACGAAGGAGCACGGUCCCUAAAUGUUAGAUAAUAUCAUAAAAAUGUGUCUCAUCCCGAAUGAGGCACAUUUGUAUGGACAAGGAAUACAUAAGUAGGUAAGAACAAUUCAGGCCAGUACGGUGGAGUAGUAGAAAAUUUAUUUUAAUUAUUGUCUUGUUCAUGGAAGGGGAUUAUUUUGUUAUGGUAAACUUGCAGGUUCGUGUAUGGUAGCUAUUAGACAACCCGUUCUCGCACUUUCUUUAAGUUAAUAUUGACUUGUUAAAUAAGUGCAUUAGUGACAUACUAAUUUAUUGUGAAUA